AUGAUCAAUGUUCAGGAAAUGAUUCAGUGCCUCAAUUCUCAAAAACUUCUCGCUAUUGCUUCCUUCCCAUUAUUCGUCGUUGGACUUGCUCUUACCGGAAUUUCCGUCUUUGUAUAUACAAGACCGUAUCAGUUGAAGACUACGGUAGGCUACCUGCUUGCAUUCCUCUCCAUAUUCGAGUUUCUAUUCUUGCUAUCUUCUAUGCAAGCGUUUUCCCUCUCCUACAUUCCAACACUAAAUUGCGAGCGGAUCGACAAAUACCCAAAAUUCAAAGCCUACAGUGAACUAUACAUAUACCCACUAACCCAUGUUACCAAAUAUAUGUGUGUCUGCAUCUCAAUCAUGAUCUCGAUUCAACAAUGGGUCUCAGUUUUUCUACCGGCAAAGGUAAAGAUAAUAUGCACCAUGAAGCGAACGAAACGGCUUCUAAUUUUCUCCUUCUUUUUCUCGGUUUUUCUAUCAAUCCCAAGAUUUUUGGAAAGAAAGAUGAACCCUCACAAUAACUGGCCAAGUGAAAACAACACAUAUAAAGAAAACCCAAUUUUACAAGCUAUCAAUUUCUUCGACGAUAAUAUUUUCAAUGCAUUCAUUAUAUUUUUUGUGCUUCUCAUGAUCAAUCUCUCUAUAAUUGCUCUUCUAAAAUGGGCGGAAUACGGAAGGAUGAAAAUGACCACUCAGACUGUUAAAGAUCGUAAAACCUCUAUAAUGCUGCUUGCUGUCCUACUCGCUUAUGUGCUUACUCAUUCUCCAAGUAUGAUCAUUGAAUAUUUUGAUAAGCCAUUGGUGAAUGGUUUACAUAAAGAUAUCUCCAUUCUCCGCAAAGAAAUUUCCAACUUCUUCAUGUGCUGUCAUCCUUUGUUCUCCUUCGCCGACUACUUGAUAUUCUCGGAAAAGUAUCGCAACACUGUCAAAUCGAUGUUCACGGGAAAUUCGAGACGAAACUCAUCGAAUAAUCCAGUGGUGCCAGUCUAA